UAUUCAUUUCAUCUCUCUGUCUCUCUCUGUCUCUCUCUCUCUCUCUCUCUCUCUCUCUCUCUCUCUCUAUCAUUCCCUGUCUGGCUCACCCUCUUUCACGGAAGCACACUCGGUGCACCACUCUCUUAAAACUUCGAGCCAAUUUGAUUGAGUAUCUUUUUAUUUCUUGGGCACUCAGCAAAGUCUCUCUCAGACACACACACCCAGCGUCACGCACUAUCUGGAUAGAGUCCUACUCUUUGUGGUUGCCUCUGUGAGAAUAUCCUGGACCAUUUACUCUGAGGUAGGAGAUGGACACAGGCGCGAGGGUCUCUGUUGUCUCCCCGGUCUGACUGUGAAGAUUUCCCUGUCAGUUACGGCUCCAGAGAUUCCAUCCUCAGUCACAAAAACAGCUGGAAAAGAAAAAACGGACAUAAAAGGUUUAGUACAGACAGGAGCAGCACUGGCAGCAAAGGUAAGAAGAAGGUGACCUUGGACCUGACCGGAAGAACGGCCAUGCGCUGCUCCACGCUGCUAUGCAUCCUGACAGGUGUGCUGGUCUACCUGAUCAUAGGCGCGCUUGUGUUCCACUACCUAGAGGCUCCGUAUGAGGAAGGAAUCCACAACAAUCUUCUGUACACCCGGAUGGAAUUCCUGGACAAUUAUACUUGCGUGAGCCCUGAUAUGCUCCAAGCACUGAUAGAGAAGGUUACAGAUGCCAUCGGGGCCGGUGUCGACCCAAAGAAGAAUGACACGUUCAGUAGCAGCUGGGACUUUGCCAGUGCUUUCUUCUUCUCUGGCACUAUCAUUACCACCAUUGGUUAUGGGAACAUCUCCCCAAAGACCGAGUGGGGACAGCUGUUCUGUAUCUGCUACGCCCUGGUGGGGAUCCCCAUGUUUGGGUUCCUGCUAGCCGGAGUAGGGGACCAUUUAGGAACUGGGCUGAGGAAUGCUAUUGCUAAGAUAGAGAUGCUCUUCCUGAAGUGGAAAGUCAGCCCUACUAUUGUUCGCGUCAUUUCCGCUGUACUGUCCAUCCUGCUGGGCUGCAUACUCUUCAUCUUUGUGCCCACUCUGGUCUUCCAGAAGGUGGAGAGUUGGUCCUUGCUGGAAUCUGCCUAUUUUGUGGUCAUCACCCUCACCACUGUGGGCUUUGGGGACUAUGUAGCAGGUGAUGGAGGGACUGAACACUGGUAUAAAGUUCUGGUGUGGUUCUGGAUCCUACUUGGAUUGGCUUACUUUGCCUCCAUCCUCACCAUGAUUGGGAACUGGCUACGAGUCCUGUCCAGAAAAACCCGUGCUGAGAUGGAAGGUCUCAGAGCACACGCCACGGACUGGACCCAGAACAUCCAGAACAUGUCCGUGGACUUCCGUAUCUCUGGCAAACUAGACGACCCGUUUAAACGUAGACGGCGAAAACGUCGCCAUGGCGGCCGUAGUCAUGGAAACAGCCAAAGCGUUCCAGGAAUUAACGGUCAGGUAGAAAGCAGGAGACGAGAGAACGGAUAUUACGACGACCGAUCCGGAUCUGGAUCCUCCUCGUACUCAUAUACGUCCAACGAAUCAUACACGGAAUCUGAGACGAGCUCAGAGGAAACCCAGACGGAGCAGGUGCCAGAAAUGAAUGGGAGGAAAGAAAAAACAGACCCCACAUUCUCACAACCACUGGAUUACUUUGGAGAAAACCUAGCCUAUAUCGACGAGUCCUCAGAUGCUGUUAGUGGCAAGCUUCACCUGGACCCGCUCCUGGACAGACCGGAAUCCAAAAUGGCUGCACUGCAAAAGGCUAAGAGGAGACGUCAAAGGAGACAAGCAGGGAAGAAAACACCCAAAACUAGCCCUUCGAAGCAGCACCACACAGCACCCAAUGGAGGAAUUCUAAUAACACCACCUAAUAACACCCCUCCUGCUUCACCGCCUCACGGGCAGCCAAUGUGAGGGAAAAUUGCUCCCUCAGAAGUGCAUUUUAGGGACAAUUGGAAAGACUAGUUUACACUUCCCCUGUUGUCAAUAUCUUCAUGCCUGAUUUAGCACUACAUCGAGAGAAGCAGAAAGUAGACUUUUUUUGGUCAGCAUGUGACUGAUGACACCAGGUGGGAGAUACAUACAGACACCAAAGCAAAGCUCUUAGCUCCAUCUGCUGGCUGUUCUCGAAGCUGCAGCUGGAUUGCCUGUGUGAUACAUUUCAGCACUUUCAGUUCUUGUCAUAGUGGCCUUCAGCCUGCUUUUGUGCUCUUUACAGUAAUUUCUUAUUUAAACCGACCUGAAUGCACUACACACCCAGACAUUCUCUGAUGCCUCUUACUGAUCCAGGAGUUCGGCCCGUGUGCCUUUUGCAUAUCACGCCUCUAUUUUCAUGUUUGAUCAGUUUUACAACGGACCCAGGAAAAGAUUCAAAUUAGGAGAUAUUACAAUUUACAGCUGGUUAUAAAAAUGAAUCUAAAUAUUGGUGUGUAUCUGACAGAGAGUCAGUUUGUAUGGAAGUUAUUGAUUUAUUGACAUUUAUGUCCAACCCCAUAGACUCAGGGUUUUUAUUUUGUUAGCCAAAUCACUGUAGUUAAUAUGCUAAUUCUACGUUUUGCCCACUGAAAUUAUCUGUAGUUAUGAACGGAAGGCACAUAAAAUACCAUCUAUAAAAUCAGAAUAAUUGGUAAGAACAGACGAAUAGAGAUGAACCACUAAGCACGGUGGCUUAGUAGUUAGCACCAUUGCCUCACAGCAAGAAGGUCCUGGGUUUGAAUCCCAGGUUUCUGUGGGGCCUUUCUGUGGAGUUUGCAUGUUCUCCCCAUGCCUGUGUCCAAAAACAUGUACAUUAGGUUGAUUGGUAAUUCUAAAUUGUCCAGUGGUUGUGUGUCUAUAUGUGGCCCUGUGAUGGACUGGUGACCUGUCCAGGGUGUACCCCUGCAUUUUUCCCAAUGUGUGCUGGAAUAGGCUCCAGCAGAUCCCCGUGACCCUAAUUAGGAAUAAAGCGGGUAUAGACAAUGGAUGGAUGGAUAGUAAGAACAGGUUACAUUGAUCAUUUUACAUUACCACAUCUUAUUGUGCACUUUAACACAACGUUACUGAGGAAUAAGUAUGUUAACCUGUAGGGUAAUGGGUUACUAGAGUUCAUGUGCUAUUUAUUAAG